AUGCAGUACGCAAUGAUUAAAUAUAAAAUCGAAUAUCCCACUAAAAGGAGAAAGAUAACGAUGUAA